ACAUGUCAUACUUCAUAUCGCAGGUCGCUGGAACUUCCGGAAGCCGACCGAAGCCCGAGCCCACUCCCCGUCCUCUUCUUUCCGGCGUUGAGGCAGAAGAGAGAUGGCCGCGCCGCUGCAACGAAGGAACCUCUCUUUAGCUCGCCUCCUCCUUGCCCGCACCUCUCACCUCUCGCAGUCGAGAUCGCUCGCUUCGGAUGCCAUCGUCGAGAUCAAGCCCGGGGAGAUCGGAAUUGUCUCUGGGAUUCCUCAAGAACACCUCCGCCGCAGGGUCAUAAUCUAUUCACCAGCUCGGACUGCAACUCAGCAAGGUUCUGGAAAAGUGGGAAAGUGGAAAAUCAAUUUUAUGUCAACCCAGAAGUGGGAGAAUCCAUUGAUGGGCUGGACUUCCACAGGUGACCCAUAUGCUAAUGUGGGUGAUGCAGGUCUCAGUUUUGUCAGUGAAGAAGCUGCAAAAGCAUUUGCUGAGAAGCAUGGAUGGGACUAUGUGGUGAGGAAGCCUCAUACACCUCUUUUGAAGGCAAAGACUUACGCAGACAAUUUCAAGUGGAAGGGCCCCCCAAAGAGUGAUGAAGAAUAAAAACCACUCUCUAUCUGCUCUCUAGUUGUUCUUUUUUUUUAUUUUCCAUUGUGGUUGGGCUUCUGAUUUCUCUUUUGCGUCCAAACUGAAUGCAACGCAUGCAAGUCAGUCAACACUGUGAGCUCUGGCACAUCUAACGAUAAAUAAUAUUGAAUUAAACUCAUUUCAUUUCUAUACA